CCAGCACCUAAGCCGACUACCUCGCGAGAUCUGGCGGCGGCGGCGGUUUAGCGGCUAGUUGUUGCUAGGCAACCCAUGGUGAGCGGGCCGCGCGGCAGAUCCAACAAUGGCCGUCAUCAACAGUCUAAUACCAGCAAGGUUCCUGACACUGUUAGCUCACCUGGUCAUCGUUGUCACCAUAUUCUGGUCAAGGGAAAAUAAUGUUUUAGCCUGCCUGCCUGUCAGUUAUACACAGGAUCAGUACAAUGCAGCCGACACUCAGUUGAUUGUGGCCCUGUCGGUGACGUUGGGGAUGUUUGUCAUUGAGAUGGCUGGUUUCCUCUCUGGAGUGUCAAUGUUCAACAACACGCAGAGUCUUCUAUCCCUGGCUGCCCAUUGCUCUGCGUCGGUCAGCCUUUCCCUGUUUGUCUCCCAGAAGUGGGAGUGCUUCUCCUAUUGGUACAUAUUUGGCUUUUGCAGCGCCUUCCCGGCCUUCACCGAAAUAAUCGUCUUCAUCGCCGUGCUUGGAUUUAAGCGGAAACCGCUGUGAUUUCUUUAUACAACCAAAUUACUGUUUCCACAGGGUACAAGGAGCCAGCUGGAUGGGGGGUCAUUCACACCUUGGCACUUGGGCACCAUUGUGCAUCCGAAUGCCGGGGCUAAACCUCUUGAAGAGUUUUGCGGUUUUCAAAGGUACACUGCCUUGAAAAAGUAUUCAUACCCCUUGACGUUUUCCACAUUUUGUCAUGUUACAACCAAAAAUGUAAAUGUAAUUUAAUAGGAUUUAAUGUGAUAGAGCAACACAAAGUGGAAGGAAAAUGAUGAAUGGUUUUCAAUGUUUUUUUACAAAUAAAUAUGUUAAAAGUGUGGGGUGUACAUUUAUAUAGCGCCCCCCGGAGUCAAUACUUUGCAGAACCCCCUUUCACUGCAAUUACAGCUGCAAGUCUUUUUG